AUGUCAUGCAUAGAUCUAUCACUGUCAAACGACACUUCUGGAGAUGUUGUUCUGAUGGUGGCGAGUUGUCCACCAGACACAACAUCAGAAAUGAACCAAGCAUGUUCUGAAGGAGACAACGGAAACAAAAUUACAAAUGUUCCAGUGUCCACUCCCUCAGAAAAUGUAAUCUUCAGAAACAAAUAUUGUGCUAGCUGUCACGGACAUGAAAGUAACUUUACAAAAUGGACAUUUAACAUUGAAUGUGACAGUAUAGUCGACAUCAACCAUCUGUCAAGCUACGAUGAAAUAUACCAGACCGGACUGGACAAUAUGUGUAGGAUGACCUACCAUACCUCAAACAAGAAUUCUUUUAUCUCUUGUUCCUCAGGACACACCACUUUUCCCGGGUUCAAGGGGUGCAAUAUGACUGGGCAAUGGGCAACAUAUGAAACGAGUAUAGACUGGGCCUGCAGAAAUAUUAUGGCACCAUACCGAGGAUUUAACAACAUUUUCUGCUUUGCUUGCAAUCCUGAUAAACAAUCAGAUAGAACCAUUAUUUCUGGUUGCAAUGUUACAGGAAUGUGGGACCCAUAUGAUUCUGAUUUAGAAAAGGCAUGUCUACAAUACCCAUAUUCCCAGAUUGCAUACCCCUUUAAAAACAGGUUUUGCUAUUUAUGCAAUAGAGGGAACGAUAUAUUGAGUACAUUCAUGGACGCCGACAGCAGUCUUUCCUUGGAAGUAUGGGAGAUACAUAAGGUAAAUGCAUACGAAGGAAAACUUAGAAUAGACUCCUUACAACACGAAAAGCAGUUCCACGUGAAUCUAUCAGCAGAAUCUACGGCCUCUCUGUCUCCUGAUCGUUUUAAUGCUGACGUCAACGUCUCCAAACUGUUGUCUCAUCACUUUCUACAUUAUGGUUACCAUGGAUUCUGCCCUGACAAAGCAGCCGACUUGGAUCACACAAACCAGCAAUGUUCAUGCAGUUUAACAUGUCUUAAUACAACUAGAUGCUGUGCAGAAUUUGCAUUGAACGCACCGUUAACAUAUGUCAACGAGUUCAAACACUCACUUUCAGUUUCAAAAUGUUAUGGAAAGAAUUCUGUGUUAAGUAAAUCCACAGUGCAAGAGAGAUGUGAAACCAUCCAGCCAUUGAAAGGUUUUUAUAAAAUUCCAGUUAGGUCUUUGGCAUCGGGUAUAUUGUAUAGUAACAUAUACUGUUUUCUCUGCAACGAGGGUCAGAAAACAAGAAAUGAUUCCGAAAUUGAACCGGAUUACAAUCCACUCGACCUCAAAAUCAAAUGCAACUAUACAUUUCAAACAGAAAGGUAUAUAUUCCUAGAAGAUAUGCUGAACGAUUUUGAUCGAAUGUCAUACGAUGAUGGUGCUGAGCAUUGCACUGUUUCUACUGUGUAUGAUCUGUAUGUCGACAAUGAGCUCAUUUCAGAUACCAUCAACAGGUGCAAUGUUACGGGACACUGGGAUCUAUAUGAUUCAGAUAUCGAAUGGGCUUGUCUCAAUUACAUUCGUGAGAUAACUGGUGACUUGUAUAAUGGUUUCUAUCAAAAUAUGUUUUGUGAAAUGUGCAAUACGGCAUCUGAUAGUGGUUUUAAAUACACAACGUGUAAUGCCACGAAUUCUUCGAUAAGUGACUAUUGUGAAAAGUAUCCACAUAUUACUUCAAUGAAGCCAUUUAAAAACAUUUUUUGUAAGAUAUGUAACUAUAUACCACUUCUGUCACUUCCGCCACUGCUUUCAGACAGCAUGACCAAUUGUGACAGUAAUGGAAUUGAAAUUGGAGAUGUGAUGUUUGAUUUACCAAGGUUUUUCUCAUCCACAGUAAGGGAAAUAUUUUUUUUCAGCAUGGCACCAGAGUUUCCAGACCAAAUAAAGAAUGCAUUUAAGAUGUACGGAAAUCGUUGCAUGGAAAACGAAAUUUACGAUAAGGAAAAGGUAUGUAUUUUAUUACAGACACCUGGUGGGUUAGAUGUUGUUUACCGUGUUCCUAUUUGGUAA